CCCCCCAUAUUCCCAAAUUCCUUUUUUUCCCCCAUUUUUUGUUUCUCCCUUUCCCAUUGCAUUUUCCUCGCUGCAAUCUCAGAUCUCUCCCCCCUGAAGGAUGGCGCGUGAGGAGAACGUCUACAUGGCCAAGCUGGCGGAGCAGGCCGAGAGGUACGAAGAGAUGGUGGAGUUCAUGGAGAAGGUCUCCUCCUCCCUCGGCGACCCCGACGAGCUCACGGUGGAGGAGCGGAAUCUCCUCUCCGUCGCUUACAAAAACGUCAUAGGUGCACGCCGCGCCUCCUGGAGAAUCAUCUCCUCCAUCGAGCAGAAGGAGGAGUCCCGUGGGAACGAAGACCACGUCAACGCCAUCCGCGAUUACAGAUCUAAGAUCGAGACCGAGCUCUCCAAAAUCUGCGAUGGAAUCCUUAAGCUUCUCGAAUCCAAACUCAUUCCCUCCGCCUCCGCCGGCGAUUCCAAGGUCUUCUACCUCAAGAUGAAGGGCGACUACCACCGCUACCUUGCCGAGUUCAAGACCGGAGCCGAGCGUAAGGAGGCUGCAGAGAGCACUCUCACUGCCUACAAAUCCGCGCAGGACAUUGCAAACGCCGAACUUGCACCCACACACCCCAUCCGUCUCGGGCUGGCUCUAAACUUCUCUGUGUUCUAUUAUGAGAUUCUGAACUCUCCUGAUCGCGCUUGUAACCUCGCAAAACAGGCAUUCGAUGAAGCAAUCGCCGAGUUGGACACUUUGGGAGAGGAGUCAUAUAAGGACAGCACUUUGAUCAUGCAACUCCUUCGUGACAAUCUGACUCUUUGGACUUCUGAUAUGCAGGAAGAGGGAGCGGAUGAGAUCAAAGAGGCUCCCAAGAAAGAUGAAGAGCAGCAACAUUGAGGGCGGUUUCCUUCUCAUUUGCCUUUUUCCAACGUGGCUUUCCGCUUUAUGGCAUUCUCCAGUCAGUCGUCAAGAAUGAACUGCUUAAUUUAUGUCUAAUACUUUGUUGCUUGGUCUUUAACUGGAUGUGAUUCUGAAAGAUCAAUUCAUUCCCAGCUGCUUCUUUGAACUAUUUUGUUGAAUUGGUUGCUCUUCUUUUGUGAUGUUAUGCGAUGUUCACCGGUGGUCAACCUUUAUUGUAUUUGAAAGAGCUUUGUGUUGAGUUGGACGCUGAUUUGAACAUGUUGAUAAGAUA